CUUUUUGGUGUUUCCGUGAUUUUCUUAAAAACUAAAAACAAUGUUGAUUUUCACAUGUUAAGACUAGAGAUGUAAAAUGAAGUUCUUUUUCCUGACAAAGGUUGAUUGUUUGGCUGAGCAGAGUUAACUUAGCAUGAUAGCAUCUGAAUGUUUUAAUUUGUAGUGCAGGGCUUCUGACAACAUGGUAUUUGAUGUUUCCCAUUUUCAACUUGGACUAUAUAUAUGGGUGACUUGAAUUCUCCAGUAGAUGCUGACACGAGAGACUUAUAUUUGUCGCCCAUGCAGUUAGUUCCACACAAUGUUUGAUUGUGCUGGUGGUUAUAAAUCAGAGUAUAUCAGCGGCCAGAGAGAGAAAUUUGUAAGGUUGGAUGAUUUGGAUUCUAGACUAUCAUUUUCAUCUGAUACUGGGGGAAUGAAGAGGUGUGGAUUUAGCAUAGAGGGACCGACUUCAGGCAGUCGUCUCAAGGAUAAUGCAUCAAAGUCAUUUAGGAUAGGAGUAAAAAGAGGAUCUGAAGGACUUAAGACAUUUGGCCGCUCACUAAGAACUGGAGUCAGUCAGGCAGUUUUCCCAGAAGAUCUUAAGGUGUCUCAGAAAAAGAUUUUUGAUCCUCAAGACAAGUCUCUCCUGUUUUGGAACAGGCUUUUGGUCAUAUCAUGUAUUGUUGGAGUAUCAGUGGAUCCUUUGUUUUUCUAUCUUCCCGUUUUCAAUCUUAACGAAAGUUGCCUUGGUAUAGAUACAAAGUUAGCAUACACAAUUACAACUUUGCGGACAACUAUAGAUGCUUUCUACCUUGUAAGAAUGGCUUUCCAGUUCCGAACAGCUUAUAUUGCACCAUCAUCUCGGGUUUUUGGACGAGGCGAGCUUGUGAUAGACCCUGCACAAAUAGCAACAAGAUACUUGCAGCGGUAUUUCCUCGUUGAUCUUCUAUCUGUGCUACCUUUACCACAGAUUGUAGUUUGGACAUUUAUUCAGCGAGGAGAAGGUUCACAUGUCUUAUCUACCAAACGGGCACUUAUGUUCAUUGUCUUUCUUCAAUAUAUUCCCAGGUUUUUCCGGUUUGUCCCAUUAACUUCAGAGCUCAAGAAGUCUGCAGGGGUCUUUGCUGAAACAGCUUGGGCAGGUGCUGCAUACUAUUUGUUGUGGUUCUUGCUUGCUAGUCAUAUACUCGGGGCUUUCUGGUACCUAUUUGCUGUGACUCGUAUCACUACAUGCUGGAAGAGAGCUUGUCUACAGAGUGGAAAAUGUCGUUUAGAUUACUUGUAUUGCCAAAACGUUAACAUGAAAGGUUUGACCAACUGGAAAAAUGUCGGAUGGAAAAUUCUCAAUUCAAAGUGCUCAUAUGAUGAACUGGAACCGGUAUUUGAUUAUGGCAUAUAUGGACAUGCUCUAUCAUCUGGUAUUGUGGCAAAUGAGGAGUUCUUCUCUAAAUACUGCUACUGUUUGUGGUGGGGUCUACAGAAUUUGAGUACGCUUGGUCAGGGGCUCGAAACUAGCACCUAUCCAGCAGAGGUUCUCUUUUCCAUAGCAAUUGCUAUAUUUGGUCUCAUCCUUUUUGCUCUCUUGAUUGGGAACAUGCAGACGUAUCUACAAUCUCUUACGGUUCGGCUUGAGGAGAUGAGAAUUAAAAGGCGCGACUCUGAACAGUGGAUGCAUCAUAGAUUGCUACCUCAGGAGCUUAGGGAAAGAGUUCGGCGCUAUGAUCAAUACAAGUGGCUGGAGACAAGAGGAGUAGAUGAGGAGAACCUGGUGAACAAUCUACCAAAGGAUCUUAGGAGAGAUAUCAAGCGCCAUCUCUGCUUGAAUUUGGUCAGAAGGGUUCCUCUAUUUGCAACUAUGGAUGAACAGUUGCUUGAUGCCAUCUGUGAACGACUGAAACCAAGUUUAUACACUGAAAAGACAUACGUACUUCGUGAAGGUGACCCAGUUGAUGAGAUGCUCUUCAUCAUCCGUGGUCGCCUAGAAAGCGUAACCACUGAUGGCGGGAGGAGUGGAUUCUUCAACCGGGGUUUCUUGCAAGAAGGAGAUUUUUGUGGGGAGGAGCUCCUAACUUGGGCGCUGGAUCCCAAAGCCGGUUCCAACUUACCACCAUCUACUCGUACUGUGAAGGCUUUGACUGAGGUCGAAGCUUUCGCUUUAAUAGCAGAUGAAGUGAAAUUCAUCACCAGUCAAUUCAGGCGGCUUCACAGCAGACAGGUCCAGCACACUUUCCGUUUCUACUCUCAGCAGUGGAGGACAUGGGCUGCCUCCUAUAUCCAAGCUGCAUGGCGCCGGUAUUCCAGAAGGAAAAUGGCAGAGCUUCGUCGCAGCGAGGAAAUGGAAGACGAAGAAAUAGAAGAUGAGGAAGUCCUAGAAGAAACCGAGUUAAUAGAGGAUUCUCCAUCCAGCUUUGGGGCAACCAUACUUGCUUCACGGUUUGCUGCGAAUGCUCUUCGAGGAGUUCAUCGGCUUCGCAGCUCGGCAAGUCGCCGGGGCGUCGUGAAACUGCUGAAGCCGUCGGAACCCGAUUUUGCUGCCGAUGCCGCAGAUUAACCAGCUGCCUUUUCCCAGUAGAUAGCGAUGAUAACAUUUGACUAAGAUUCCAGUUCCUGGUAGUGACUGCCUGUUCCAGCAGCCCCAGCUAAUGUACUUGCUUUGGCAUGCCAAUAUCUUGUAAAACCACUACUUCACUGUAUGGAAAGCAUAACCGCAUAAUAUUAAGGAUGUUUUGUUCCCUUAUAGUAUGGAAAGGAACACUAGAGACUAAG